AAAUAGGGGACAAGUUAUUGCGCUUACUCCUUUCUCCUUUCUUUGACCUGGCGGUUAAUAUUAUUGCUGAGGAAAAAAUAAAAUCAUUUGAGACCUCGGGAAAAGUUUUAUCGUAAGAGCUCUAAUUUUAGGGAACGGCCAGUAAUGUAAUGUGUUUUAUGGUUUUAUAAAAUUUCGAAUCCUAAUCUUUUCAAGAUAUACGUCAUUGUAUAGAAAAUACCUGUGCUAAAGGAAAAAAGAAAUUAGAAAUAAGGAGAAGAAGCUACCCUGUUCAGAAUGCAUAGCUAAUAGCUGUACAUAUGUAUAUGUAUAUGCAGAAGCACAGAGUAGGUAUGAUUUGCCUAAAAUAAACUCCCCAUCGGAUUACUUCGGCACAAAAUCCAGACACCUUAUAGACUAAGUAAGUUCAACUCGAGCCCCGCACCGCGAAGUCGAGCUCAAGAACUUGAUGCUUAUUGUUAGGCCGAAGCUUAGCUUGGCACUAUAAUUGCUUACGGUCCAGUCAGUUUUAUUCGAGAACCAAAAUACGACAGUCGAGUUUUUAUACAAUUAUUAUACCGCAUGUGUGUAAAUGGUGCGUAAUUGCGCGAUUAUACAGUUGAUGGAUGUGAGAAACUGAAAGUAGGCUUCAUUUGUUAUACCAAUUCGUUUUGACCAUACGUGAAUUUCAUCUUGAAACGCUUCAUUAAUUGCGCACAAAAUUUGAGAAGAACAACAGUUAAACUAUUCAAAAUCGGAUUGGAUAGUCGCAUUCCCUUGAAAGAUUCGUUUUUGGCAUCAUUGCUGCGGCAUAAAAAAAAAUAGGAUGGUGAACGACAGAGAAACGCAGGAUGCGCCUGCGCAAGUUUUUUUGAAAUAUCGAAUUGCCAAAUCUGAAAAACUUGGAAGGUACAUGAUAGCCGAGAAAGAUUUGGUUGCUGGAGAAGUAAUUCUUCGCGAAAGUCCAGUGAGUGUUGGUCCAACUGCUUUCUUCGAAGGUUCACUUUGCUUUAAUUGUCACAAACCAAUCGUGCAACCAGAGUUGAAACGUUACAAUUGUACAAAGUGUAAGGUUGCUCCACUCUGCCAACCUGCUUGCGAGCUCGUUCCAGGGUAUCACAAAAACGCCGAAUGUUCACUUUUUCGCUCAAAUCAAUUGUAUUCGUCCAAAAUCUCGGAUCAUUCGACCGUAUUGCUGCCGCUACGUCUCUGGCUUCUCAGGCAAACUGAGACAGAAUUAUGGAAACAUAUUGACCUGAUGGAAGAUCACGUGAAAGAAAGAAGGGGAACCCAUAUUUGGAGUAUUAGAGAACAGACUGUUGUUCAAGUUUUGCAUAAACUUCGAUUGGUGCCGGACGAUAGUGAAACUUCAGAAUUGAUGCAACGAAUAUGUGGGAUUUUAGACGUGAACAGUUUCGAAUUGAGGUCCUCGGGCGAAUCAGAAUUAGAAGGCCACCUUUUGAGAGGGCUUUACACAAAAGCUGCACUCAUGGCUCAUAACUGCCGAGGCAACACGCAUCUCACAGUAGACGAACGCGAUGAGCUGGCAAUUUACGCCAGUGUAGACAUCAAGAAAGGGGCAACUAUUUAUUUCAAUUAUACAGGUUCUUUACUGGGCAGUGCAAAGCGGCGUGAGAAUCUUCGAGAAGGGAAAUACUUCGAGUGUGAAUGUACAUUAUGUAGGGAUCCUUUUGAGUUAAAGUCCAACUUGAGUUCAUUGGUUUGUCCUCGAUGUCGUCAGGGAUACGUUGGGAUUCAAAAUCCUUUAACGUCGAAUCCGUAUGGUCUUAAAACAAAAUGGCAAUGCGAACGAUGCAAAUCACUCCUCAGCGGCAAAAUGAUCAAGACCACGUUGAAUUUAACACGUUCUCUCAUUGAGAAUACUGAAAACUUCGAUACAAAGGCACUUGAAUCUUUGCUAACGAAAUUAUUACUCACCGUUCACACGAAUCAUUACUUGGCCUUGGAUUUGAAGGAAAAAUUACUGGUCAACUACAGAAAAGAGAUGUCAGCCAUUAACCCGCGAAAAAAGAUUUUGGAACGCAUACUGAACCUUCACAGAGAAGGUCUGGCCGUUCUCGAUAUUGUCGAACCAGGGAUUUCACGUCAAAAAGGAAUACGGCUGUACGAAAUGCACUUGGCAACAGCAUUGAUAGCAAAAAAGAAUUACGCCGCACGUGAAAUAUCACCGUUAGAAUUGUCGUUACAAUUGAAGGAAGCUCAAGAUCUACUGCGAAAGGCGUUGUCAAAUCUACUUUUGGAACCAACUGGGACGCCCGAAGGCCGAUUAGCAAAGCUUGCCUUACAGCAAAUGAAACUUUUACGGGAAAAUAUGACCGAUGCCAACGCUCUAGCUACACCAGGACAAAAGCCGAAGACACAGACCAUGAAACACUGAUCUUUGUGUAUAGUAGAGAUAAAUUUCAAGAGAGCAAUCAGUUUUAUUCGACCAUAAUUGACAGUAUUGACGGAAGCAGGACAUAGGUUGUUAAUUGUGCUUCGAUCUAAAUGUUAUACGAAUAUACUAGAAUGUACAAUCAAUUCGCAUUUCUAAAAUUAUAUCAAAGCAUCGAAAACAGCGUGCCAAAAGUUUAACUUUCAUUUUAUAACAUUAAUCAGUUUAGAAUAA